AUGGGUUUCCUCUAUGUCCUUGUGCUUGUAGCUGUGUUUUUACAGAAAGAGGCACUUUCUACCAGUGACACACCAAUGUGCAGUUCCUGUGGUGGUGGUUACUGUACAUCCGACAAUGGAUGUUCAUGCUACAGUGAUGUUACAGCUACCUGUGUUCCCGAAUCUGAAUGCGCUAUUGUGGGAACCAACAUUUGUUGCCCAACAGGUUACUACUGGUCCUCGGCAGACAACUGCUGCACAGCUACACUGAUCUGCAACCCCUCCUGCCAGAAUGAUCAGAUUUGUAAAAAUGUAAAUGGUGUAGCAACCUGUGGCUGUAACACUGCUCUCUACAGUGGAAUGAACACAUCAUCUAUUGCUCCACUUGUAAAAUGUGAAUCAAGUGUAAUGACAGUUUCUCUGAGUAAAUGCUUACUUGAAGCUCUCGGGUAUGACUCCACAACUUUCCAGCUGAACAACAAUUCGGACUCCUGUGUUAAUACAUACACUCAGACGAUCAGCAACGUGACUAUGCAGAGCAUCCAGGCUUUACCACAGACAGGAUGGUGUGGCAAUGAAGUGGCGAAUGAUUCUUUAAAAGUUUAUUACUCCAACGUGCUUCACAUUGGAAUUCAGAACAAAUCCAUUAUUACUGUCAACCCCACCAACAUCUCCUUCUCCUGCUCAUACAAUCUGACCAUGCAGACAAGUCUGGCAGCUGCUUUCAAGCCUUCAUUUAACACUGUCAACAUUUCAGUAAGUGGUGAAGGCUCAAUACUCACUACAAUGGCAGCAUAUUGGGACCAACAAUAUACUACACCAGUGCAAGAUAAUCAAGAUGUUCCAGUUGGAUCAAACAUCUACUUGGGGAUAUUCUCAGAUGCUCAGGAUGUAAGCAAAUUUGUUCUGAGAACAGAGAGCUGCUAUGCAACACCCGAUAAUAAUGUCAACAAUGUCAACAGGGUGGCAAUUGUGCUUGGAGGGUGUCCUGCCAACCAGGGAAUAACUGCACAGGUGCAGGAAAAUGGAGUAUCUCUUGAGUCCCGAAUUCAGUUUAAUUCAUUUGCCUUUCAAGGACAACCUUUAGUUUAUAUUACAUGCCAAGUGCGAAUGUGCGACAAAAAUACAACAUGUACUGGGUGUGGUGCUAGUCGUUCCAAUGGUGAUGAUGGAACAGCAAUGUUACAAAUCCCACUGAAUUUCUUAGAUGAUUUCAGCAGUUCAGCAUCAAACACAGUUGUGUCCUCCAGGGCCUUGUUGGUCAGCUCCUUUCUGGUAUAUCUGUCUGUUAAGCUCUUCUGAGAAUAUCAAACUGAAUGAGAAGAGGAAGAAAGUGAUCUUGGGAUUCAUUUACAAUAAAUUCUAUAUGAUCAG